UCUAAUUAGAAUACUGACGAAAGACGAUGCUACAAAGGAACUAGGUUUCUGAAAUCAUAGACUUUUAUUCCAUCGUCAUGAAAUAAAAGCUUAUCUGUGAUUCUCUCUGCGUCGUCUUCUCUUUUUCAGUAUAUGUUUUGUCUUCACAGCUAGUGAUGGAUACUAAUAAUUGGAGGCCGGUGAAAGGUGGUGAACUGGCAAUGGAAGUGGGCGAUUGGAGGACUAAUUUCCAUGCAGAUGGGCGACAAAGGAUUCUCGAUAAGAUAAUAGAGACUUUGGAGAGGCAUCUUCCUGCCAAAGGACAAGAGAAACUACAAGAACUUAAGAAAAUUGCUGUAAGGUUUGAGGAAAAGAUCUUUACUGCUGCACUAAGUCAGUCUGAUUAUAUGAGAAAAAUAUCUAUGAAAUUGAUGUCAAUGGAGACAAAAUCGCAAAAUACAAUGGCCGAUUCUGUGCAAUCCAACCCCAUUGGUGUUAGCAAUAUUCCCCAAGAUACAGCAUCUCACAGCAUGCAGUCCCAAGUUAACAACCAAGGGCAACCACUUUCCAUUCCAACAGAGACCAAUCAGACUCGAGCUUGCCAAAAAAUAUUAUCCCGGAACAUUCAAAAUAAUCUUGGAUCAACUGGAGUACAAGGUUCCUCUAGUUCAACAUCUGCAUUGUCUCCUGUUGGCAUUAUGAAUCAGACUUCCAUACCAAAUGUUGUUUGCCAGAAUUCCAACUUGCAGAACAUUCAGAACUUGUCUGGGGCCUCUCAGAACUCGUUAGGAAAUUCAAUGGUGCAAGGGGUGCCUUCCAAUGUUUUCCCCAAUUAUCAGAGGCAGAUGCAACGGCAACAAGUUGUUACCGAACAGCAACAACAACAGUCUCAGAAUCAGCCCCAAUAUCUUUAUCAGCAACAAUUACAGCAACGGCUUUUGAAGCAGAACUUCCAGCAACAGCAGCAGCAACAACAGAACCUAUUGCAAUCAUCUCAGUUGCAAGCUUCUCAGCAAUCUGUUAAGCAGCCUUCUGUCAUGCAAACAGCUCCACUGCCUGGCCUUCAACAGAACCAGCAGUCUUCAGUUCAACAAUCAACACAACCUGUGCUUCAGCCGCAACAUCCACAAUCUGUAAUUAGGCAACAACAGCAGCCACAACAGUCUUCCUUUAUUAAUCAACAUCAAGUGUCGGUGCAGCAGCAGCUGAUGGGGCAUCAGCCAAAUGCUACAAACAUGCAACAGAACCAGCAAACUGGUCAACGAAACAGCAUUCCUGAUAUGCAGCAGCAACAACAGCAGCGGCAGAGGUUGCUAAGCCAGCAGAAUAAAAUUUUGAACCUGCAGCAGCAGCAGCAACAGCAACAGUUAACGAGUCAGCAAAAUGACCUCCUAAAUAUGGACCAUCAACAGUUGGGCCCUCAAAGUAAUGUUAGUGGGCUACAGCAGCAACAAAUGUUUCCAACUCAGUCUGGUAACUCCAGCAUGCAGACUAAUGAGCACUCCGUACACAUGUUACAACAGGCUAAGGUUCCAGUGCAUCAACAAACCCAGCAGAGUGCGACUACAUUGUUGCCAACCCGGGGUAAUCAGUUGCAAGCACAACCACCACAGCAGCAAUUCAUGGCACAGAUUCAAUCACAGCCGGUCAAGUUGCAACAGCAAUUAGGUUUGCAGCAACAGCCAACUCCAUUCCAACAAGAUAUGCAGCAAAGGCGUCAAACAUCAGGUCCCUUGCUUCAAUCGCAAAAUGUGAUUGACCAACAGAAUCAGCUAUUUCAAUCACAAAGAGCCGUGCCUGAGCCACCAUUAUCUCAGACUGGAAAUGUGAAUGGUGGAGAUUGGCAAGAAGAGGCAUAUCAGAAGAUCAAGGCCAUGAAGGAGAUGUAUUUACGAGACUUAAAUGAGGUGGACCAGAAAUUGGCUGUAAGAUUGCUCCAGCCACAAAAGAAAGAGCAAUAUGAUAGGCUAAAAGUGCUUAAGACUUCGUUGGAGCGCCAUAUAUCACUCUUACAGGUUUCGAAGACCAAUAUUCCACCUGUCUCUAAGGACAAGCUGGAUUCUAUUGAGAAGCAAAUAAUUAGCUUUCUUAAUUCAAUGCUUUCGAAGCAUGGCCCUGCACAUAAACAGGAGCAACUUCCCCCGUCUCAUAUGCAUUCCAUGCAGCAAACACAACAGCCACGAUCUCAAGUUACUCAAUUGCAGCCACUUGAAAACCAAAUGAAUCCCCAGAUGCAAUCGAUGAACUUACAGGGUUCUGUAGGAACAUUGCAGCAGAACAAUGCGACGAGUUUGCAGCAUAAUUCUUUGUCUUCCUCUUCUGCAGAUUCAAGUGCACCGCAUAAUACAACAAAUUCAGUGCAGCAUAGCUCUAGUAUGGAUUCAGGUCAAGGGAAUGCAGUGAAAUCAUUACAGCAGGUUUCUGUGGGAUCUCUACAACAAAAUCCUGUUGGUACUUCCCAACAGGUAACCAUUAAUUCCUUAUCAUCACAUAGUGGGAAUGCACUGCAGCUGAACAUUAAUCCACUACAAUCAAAUUCCAAUAUUCUUCAAAGCCAGCAUCUGAAGCAGCAACAGGAACAGCAGAUGCUACAGGGCCAAGAAUUGAAACAACAGUUACAACAACGCCAGAUGCAGAAGCAAUUGAUGCACAAACAGCAGUUACUGCAACGUCAGCAGCAGUGGCAGCAAACAAAGCAGCAGCCUGCACAGUUUCAGACACACCAAAUGUCACAGCUUCAUCAGAUGGAUGAAGUAAAUGACUUGAAGAUGAGACAGCAGAUGGGGGUUAAAUCAGGAUUGUUUCAGCAACAUCACCCAGCAGGCCAGCGCUCAGCUGAUCAGCAUCAACAGUUGAUGUCAGGAGCUUCAUUACCAGUUUCCUCACCACAACUCCUUCAGGCUGCAUCUCCUCAGAUUCCUCCGCAUCCUUCACCACAGAUUGACCAGCUAAAUGUGUUAACAUCUCUUACAAAAGCUGGAACACCUGUGCAAUCUGCAAAUUCACCCUUUGUUGUCCCAUCUCCUUCAACUCCCCUGGCUCCAUUCCAAAUGCCUGAGGAGUCUGAAAAAGUUAACCCUUGUGUGUCAUCACUCUCCGGUGCUGGAAAUAUUGGAAGUCAACCAACAACUGGUGUACUAGCACCAUCCCAAUCCCUUGCCAUUGGCACUCCUGGGUUUUCAGCCUCGCCUUUGCUUGAAGAGUUCACCAGUCCAGAUGGCCAUCAUAUUAAUGCCUCUACAAUUUCCGGCAAAUCAAGUGUUGCAGAACAUGCUCUUGAACUCUUAAUUAAAGUGGUAAAGUCGGUGUCAGCAAAAACAUUGAGCGCAUCAGUUGAUGACAUUGGCUCAGUUGUCAGUAUGAUUGAUAGAACAGCAGGAGCAGCACCAGGUAAUGGGUCUAGAGCUGCAAUUGGUGAAGAUUUUGUUGCCACGACAAAAUGUCGUCUACUGGCAAGAAAUUUUAUCAGGCAAGAUGGAACUACUGGAACAAGGAAAAUGAGGCGCUACACAAGUGCAAUGCCCUUAAAUGGUGCACCUUCUACUGGCAUAAUGAUUGAUGGUUUCAAGCAGUUGACUGGUUCAGAAGUGUCUGACUUGGAGCUGACUGCAACAUCUAAUGUCAAGAGGCGUAGAAUUGAGGCUAAUCAUGCCCUUCUGGAAGAAAUAAGGGAGAUUAAUCAGCAACUUAUAGAUACAGUGGUAGAUAUCAGUGAUGAAGAUGCUGAUCCAACUAUAGCAGCAGCUGCUGCUGCAGCUGAAGGGGGUGGCGAAGGAACCAUUGUUAAGUGCUCCUUCAAUGCUGUGGCUAUCAGCGGAAACUUGAAGUCACAGUAUGCUUCUUCACAACUGUCCCCAAUUCGGCCGUUGCGUUUAAUUGUUCCCAAAAACUAUCCAAAUUGCUCACCGUUAUUCCUAGACAAGUUUUCAGUUGAAGUUAGCAAGGAGUAUGAAGAUCUUUCGGUAAAGGCAGAGUCAAGAUUUAUCAUCUCUCUCCGGAGCCUUCCACAACCCAUGUCACUUAGGGAGAUAGCAAGGACUUGGGAUGUUUGUGCACGUGCUGUUAUUUCAGAGCACGCGCAGCAGAGUGGUGGAGGGAGCUUCAGCUCAAAAUACGGGACUUGGGAGUACUGCGUGAGUGCUGCAUGAUCAUAUUGGAAUUUCACAUUAUCCUGGUGCAGAAUUUCGUCAGAGUCAGCUGUGACUAUACCUGUACUUUUUGGAUCCGAAUUGUGUAUAAUUGGGGUUGUGGACCAAAAUGUUCUUGUCACUUUUGUUUUAUAGGAAGUUAUACACGCUCAUAUCAAAUGUCUUAUCAUAUGUUAUAAACUGUGUAGAGUCCUACACAGGUUGCGAGAAACCGAAUUUGUCUAUAUGGAUUUUUGUGGAAUUAUUUUGGUGGUAAUUCCAGGAGUUCUGAAUAUCAGUUCUAAAAGUUUUAUUUAUUUAUUUUAA